AUGGCUACUCCCGAUGGACCAGCGGAUUUUCGUUUGGAGUACAUCGGUGGUUUCGUUCAGAAGUCGCUGAAACUGAAACCGGAGAAGUGGGCCAGGUUACUACUCACGGAGGAAUACAGAAACGCUGUGCUGGAUUUUGUUGAUAAUCCUCUGCCAGCUGCACUCUUCGUAGCUUUGACACCGAACGCGCAAUUGGUGGCUUCAACCUCGUUCCCUAUACCAUGCCAGAGAACCAAAGGUAUUUACGCCGUGAAGAUAGAACAGGCACCAUUAUCCAAGGAAAAAGAAGUUUGUUCAUCGAUGCUGAUAUUAGGAGAUCUGUCGUCUCGAGUUGUCGAUCAAUUAGCUACUUUGGUGGACAAUUUAUUCGCGCCCCUGUUGAGCAAUGCAGAGAAUCACAAGGACUUGCCUGACAUCGCGAUUCAGGACAUCUGUAGACACGUUCAUUCUCUUCGCGGUACUUUGUACCAAGUGAAAGGUCAGGUGAACGGCAGGACGGUGCUCCCAAUGCCAGCCGGAAUGGAGAGGGCAACGGAAGUGGAAAAGCUGGUGCGAACAGAAGGCCCCCAAGCCGUCGAUCUGUACUUGAAGAGUGCCAUCGAGGGUGUCGUGAUAAAGUGGGCCUACUUGGUGAACGACGUUGUCACUCAGGAAUCUGGCGCUGCUUUCGAGAAUGGUCAAAAUCCCACCCCCUAUGUCGAGCUUGACUAUUGGUCCACGAGACUAGCUAAUUUAAGAUAUAUCUACGAUCAAUUGCAAGAGGAUCGCGUGAAGAAAAUGGCGAGCAUUUUGGAAACGACAGACAGCGCCUAUUUCCCCUGCUUUCGCACCCUUUUCGAUAACGUAGUAUCCUCGAUGGCAGAGGCGAAAGAGAUAUCUCUGUAUCUAUCUCCAUUGGCCAAGUGUUUCAAAGCGGUCGAAGAGGUCGACUUCUCCGAGGCUAAGCCGCUAAUGGCCACGCUGAUACACUCGGUCGGAUUAGCCUGGUCGAAAUCUAGCUACUAUCAGAGCUCCACCAAGGUGAUCAUCAUGUUUCGACAGAUUUCCAACCUGUUGAUACAGGAGGCUCGUCGAUUCCUCGACCCGACCUCCAUUUUCCAGAGCGACGUCGACGAGGCUUUACAGCGUGUGCAGAUAUCUCGAGGCAUCUUGGAAGAGUUCAAACGACAAUUCGAACUUAGAAAAGACAUGCCAGCGAUGAAACCCGAUGCACCACCGUGGACCUUCAAUUCCAGCGCCGUUUUCGCUCGCCUGGAUGCUUUCUUGAAACGACUGAGCGACAUCGAGUGGCUAUUCAACACCGUGAUGGAAUUUUCCAAGCUGGAAAAGAUAGAAAUCGGCGGGAUCCUCGGCCGAUCCCUCAGCACCAGGAUCGUCAACGUGUACAAAGAGUUCCAGCAGCUGUUCGUUUCUUUCACGGUGCGGGCAAACGACGCGCUCGAGCCAGACGACGAAUCUUUCACCGUAGACUGUGCCAAGUUCAACGAGUCCAUUACCGAUCUCGAUUGUAAAUUGGCGGCCAUUAUUUGCCAGGCUUUCGACGAUUGCGGCAACCUCGAGAGCGUCUUCAAGUUGAUAAAUAUCGUUGGAACGGUGCUAGACAGACCAAUGAUAAGCAAACAGUUCGCAAAUCGCUACACCAGAAUUUUGGAUCUAUUGAACGUCGAGCUGACUGUAGUCGAAGUUCUGUUUAAUCGUGGCACUAGAGGCGCUCUAAUUAAUCUUCCACCUUUAGCCGCGGCCUUGACAUUUAUCACCAUGCUCAGACAACGCAUCGAUCUUCCCGUUCAAUCUUUCAAAGCUAUUCAACAUCCAAUAGUGAACAGCGAAGAGGGCCAGAACAUAGAAAAACGUUAUGAAAGGCUUAUCCAGAUCUUUAAGGAUAAGGAGACUGAAUUGUUCACGGAAUGGGCACGAACCGUACCUGACGCAGUCGAUAUUGGACUGAAUCGCAAUAUUCUCUAUCGCGAGAAGGAUUCCACGUUACUGCUCAACUUUGAUCCCCAGCUUUUGUGUGUUUUAAAGGAAGUGAACUAUCUGAAGCAAAUGUCUCGAUCAGACAUUCCCGAAGAGGCAAUAAAGGUGUCGGAAAACGUAGAAACGUUCCGAAAGUUCCGCACGCUGCUAGCAGCCACGGUGUGUUCGUACAACAACGUGUGCAAGACGACCAGGCGAGUGGAGUUCCAGUUGAUCGAGAAGGAGAUAACUAGGAUCGAUUCGUUGGUGUCUCGAGGAGAAAUAGAAUUAUGCUGGAAGUCGGACGGCGUUCUGGAGUACAUCGUGGAAUUGGGUGAACUCGUGGAGGGGCUUUGGAAGCGAAUCAAAUCGACCCAGACGAACGCCGAGAAGAUCAAAGCGGUGUUGGACGCCUGGACGAGGACGCCUCUCAUCGAGAGGAAGGAUCGUCGUAAGGACGCUUUAUUGUCGUUCGACGAACGGCCAGAAAAAGUAUCAAGACGUUACGGCGAGGUCGAGAGGGCUGCCGAACAGAUUCAUUCGUUGUUGGAAGAGAACAGGCUGCUUUUUCAAGUUUCCGACGAAAUGGAGGAACCGUGGCAAAAAUACGUAGAUUACAUCGACAGAAUCGUGAUGGAGUCCCUUCGAAAGGCUGUAGGGUGUUCGUUAGGGUAUUUGGUAGACAAUAUGGAUUCCAAUGAAGAAACUGAGCCGCUAUUAGAAGCGAAGUUAGAACUCAGGGAACCAGAUCUCUAUUACGUGCCUUCGUUGGAACCUGACGAUCCGGAUGGACUGGAUCAAUUAAUCUUGGCACUUUUGAAUGAUAUCAUAGGGAUGGCUGCACUGGUGCCACGAUUAAAAAGAGAUGCCAUGGGAUACAGCAAAGAACUAGAGGAAGAUCCGGAUAUAAAGGGGAUGAAAAAUGAAAUUAUGAAUAACGUUUCGACCGCGGUGGAGGAAGCUACCGAAUUCUGCAGCAACUUCGAAGGAUACGCCUAUCUCUGGUUAGACGAUAGAGACAUGGUGAUGCAACAGUUUCUCGAGUAUAGCCGACAAUUGACGAUGGAGGAAAUGGAGAUGGUGGCCGUGCAGGAUCCCAAGGGGCCGACACGGUCACCGCCGAAAAUGGAGCAAUUCCGCGAGCAAAUCGACCUUUACGAGGGCCUCUAUCUCGAGAUCGAGGAAAUGGAACCAUCGAAAGUGUUUUGUGGCUGGUUCAGGGUAAACCUUAGACCCUUCAGACAGUCGGUGCUGAACAUGGUCUGCAAAUGGUCCAGCAUGUUCAAGAGACAUCUGGUCGAUCGCGUUACCAGCAGCCUCUCGGAUUUGGGAUCGUUUAUAAGACGAGCAGACGAGGGUUUGCUUCAACCAAUACAACCAGGUGACUACGUCGGACUCGUUAGUGUGAUGGGUUAUCUCUUGCAAGUGAAAGAAAGACAACCGACUACGGAUGAAAUGUUCCAGCCGUUGGAAGAGACGGUCGAAUUGUUGAAAUUUUACGAUCAGGAUAUCCCAGAGGAAGUAAACGUUCUGCUUCAAGAACUGCCCGAGCAAUGGUCUAAUACGAAGAAACUGGCGCUUAUGGUUAAACAGCAAGUGGCACCCCUGCAAGCAGGCGAAGUGUCUAGAAUACGAGGACGAAUCUCCGCGUUCGACACGACCAUAACUCACUACCGCGAAGCUUUUCGGCGCUACAGUUUCUUCAAACACGAUUGUUCGAAUCCUUACGAACUGCUAGACGAAGGACACAAGGAGAUUCUGAUGCUGGAACGUCAAAUGAAAGACAUCCAGGAGUCUGCAUCGUUGUUCGAAGUUAUGGUGCCAGAAUUCAAAGUGUUGAGGCAAUGUAGAAGAGAGUUGAAGAUGUUGAAGCAACUAUGGGACUACGUGAAUAUCGUUAGAAGCUGUAUAGAAGGAUGGAAGACUACGCCUUGGAGAAAAAUCGACGUAGAGAACAUGGACAUCGAGUGCAAGAAAUUUUCCAAGGAGAUACGAGCCCUGGACAAGGAAAUGAGAUCGUGGGACACUUUCGUAUCAUUGGAGGCAACCGUGAAGAAUAUGUUGACGUCCUUGAGGGCCGUAGCAGAACUCCAGAAUCCAGCUAUAAGGGAAAGGCAUUGGAGGCAAUUAAUGAAUAGCACCAAGAAACUGGGCGACAUGACUCCAGAAAUGACCGUACGAUUCGUUAUGGACGAGUCUACCACGUUGGCCGAUCUUCUGGAGCUAAAUCUUCACGAGUGCGAGGAAGAAGUGAAGAACAUCGUGGACAAAGCCGUGAAAGAAAUGUCUAUGGAAAAGUACAUGAGAGAAUUGAACGCCACCUGGUCGAAAAUGGAAUUCGAGAAAGAAAUUCACGCUAGAACUGGCGCUACCCUAAUAAGAGCCAGCGAGGAAUUGAUCGAAACGUUGGAAGAGAACCAGGUCCAGCUACAAAACCUUAUCACUUCGAAGUUCAUCGCCCACUUCCUAGAGGAAGUCUCCAGCUGGCAACGAAAGCUGAGCAUCGCCGAUCAAGUUACUACAAUUUGGUUCGAGGUGCAACGAACCUGGAUGCACCUCGAGAGCAUCUUCACCUCCUCGGAAGAUAUAAGAAGACAAUUGCCAGUGGAUGCCGAGAGGUUCGAUCGAAUCGACAAGGAAUUCAAGCAAAUGACAGAGGAGCUAGCGAAGACGCCAAACGUCGUGCAAGCAACGAACAGAGAAGGCCUGGUGUCUUCUCUCGAUAUCCUCCAAAAGGAAUUGGUUCUCUGCGAGAAAGCCUUGGCAGAAUAUUUGGAAACGAAGCGUCUCGCGUUCCCGAGAUUCUACUUCGUUUCGUCCAGUGAUCUGUUAGAUAUUUUGUCGAAUGGAAAUCAGCCGGAGAUCGUGGCCAAGCAUCUGACAAAACUAUUCGACUCCAUGGCUCGAUUGAAAUUCGAUGACGCGGCUGCUGGCUCGCCAAAACGCGUAUUGGGUAUGUUCGCGAAAGAUGGAGAGUACGUGGAAUUCGCGAACUGCGAGAUGAGCUGCGAGGGCGCAGUGGAGGCAUGGUUAAAUCGUUUGCAACAAGCGAUGAGAGCCACAAUAAGAUACUAUUUCAGCGAGGCUGUGAUAACUUACGAGGAGAAGUCCCGAGAACAAUGGCUGUUCGACUACCCAGCUCAAGUUUCUCUCUGUGGAACGCAAAUUUGGUGGACGACCGAGGUGAACAUCGCGUUCGCCAGACUGGAAGAGGGUUACGAUAAUUCUUUGAAAGACUAUCUAAAGAAACAGAUCUCUCAAUUAAGCACACUGAUCACGCUAUUGAUCGGAGAGCUAACGAAACAGGAGAGACAAAAGGUGAUGACGAUCUGCACUAUCGAUGUACAUUCUCGAGACGUGGUGGCGAAGCUAGUGCAGUCCAAGGUGGAGACGUCGCAGGCGUUCCAAUGGCAGAGUCAACUUCGCCAUCGUUGGGACGAAAAGGAGAAGGAUUGCUUUGCUAAUAUUUGCGACGCGCAGUUUAAAUACUCUCACGAAUACUUGGGAAAUACUCCCAGAUUGGUUAUAACACCGUUGACGGAUAGAUGUUACAUAACUCUGACCCAAUCUCUUCAUUUAAUAAUGGGUGGUGGGCCAGCAGGCCCAGCGGGCACUGGAAAAACCGAAACCACCAAAGAUCUAGGCAGAGCUCUCGGCAUAAUGGUCUACGUGUUCAAUUGUUCCGAGCAGAUGGACUACAAAUCCUGCGGUAACAUCUAUAAAGGAUUAGCCCAAACUGGCGCCUGGGGUUGUUUCGACGAGUUCAACCGAAUCACGGUCGAAGUACUCUCCGUAGUAGCUGUCCAAGUGAAAUCGAUUCAGGACGCCAUUCGAGAUAAGAAAGAGAAAUUCAACUUCAUGGGAGAAAUAAUCAGCCUCGAACCAACGGUCGGUAUAUUCAUCACGAUGAAUCCAGGUUACGCAGGACGAACAGAGUUACCGGAGAAUUUAAAAGCCUUAUUCCGACCGUGUGCCAUGGUAGUCCCCGAUUUUGAACUCAUCUGCGAGAUUAUGUUAGUGGCAGAGGGAUUCCAGGAUGCGAGAAUUCUAGCGAGAAAGUUCAUUACGCUGUAUACUCUAUGCAAGGAGCUGUUAUCAAAGCAGGACCAUUAUGACUGGGGAUUGCGCGCGAUAAAGUCGGUCCUCGUGGUCGCCGGAAGUCUGAAGAGGGGAGACCCCGGCAGACCGGAGGAACAAGUGCUCAUGAGAGCUCUUCGAGACUUCAACAUUCCCAAAGUGGUUUCCGACGACCUGCCUGUGUUUAUGGGUUUGAUAGCCGACCUGUUCCCCGCCUUGGACGUUCCCAGAAAACGCGACGUGGAAUUCGAGAAGAUGGUUAAACAGGCAGCAGCUGAUUUGAUGCUGCAACCAGAAGACGGCUUCAUCCUCAAAGUCGUUCAACUGGAGGAACUAUUAGAAGUACGACACUCGGUUUUCAUCGUGGGAACUGCAGGAUCCGGAAAGACUCAAGUUUGGAAGUCGUUGUUUAGAACGUAUCAAAACAUGAAGAGAAAGCCUGUAUACAACGAUUUGAAUCCGAAAGCUGUAACGAAUGACGAAUUAUUUGGUAUAAUUAAUCCAGCGACCAGAGAAUGGAAGGAUGGCUUGUUCUCGGUUAUUAUGAGAGAACAGGCUAACUUGGGCGGAGAGAAUCCUAAGUGGAUAGUUCUAGAUGGCGAUAUCGAUCCCAUGUGGAUCGAGUCAUUGAACACUGUCAUGGACGAUAACAAGGUUCUGACUUUAGCUAGUAACGAAAGAAUAGCUUUGACUCCUGUAAUGAGGCUGCUCUUUGAGAUCUCUAAUUUGAGAACUGCUACUCCAGCUACCGUAUCCAGAGCAGGGAUUUUGUAUAUCAAUCCUCAGGAUCUAGGCUGGAAUCCUUACGUCACGAGCUGGGUGGAGAAAAGAACGUCGCCAAUUGAAAAAUCCAAUUUGGUUAUGUUGUUUGACAAGUACAUCCCUGCUAGCUUGGAAACAUUAAGAACAAGAUUCAAAAAGAUAACACCGAUCGCAGAUAUGGCGCACGUACAGAUGCUAUGUCAUCUUCUUCACUGUCUUCUCAAGCCGGAAUUAACCUCCGCUGAUUUCUUGAAGGAACAUUAUGAACUCUACUUUGUUUUCGCUGCCGUUUGGGCUUUUGGUUCCUCGAUGUUCCAAGAUCAAACGAUAGAUUAUCGCGUGGAAUUUAGUAAGUGGUGGAUAAAUGAAUUUAAACAGAUUAAGUUUCCUUCGCAAGGCACUGUGUUUGAUUAUUAUAUAGACUCUGAGACAAAGAACUUCGUUCCGUGGUCUCAGCGUUUGCCAAAGUUCGAAUUGGACCCUGAAAUACCUCUGCAAGCUGUUUUGGUUUACACUGCGGAGUCUAUUCGAAUUAGGUACUUCUUAGAUUUAUUAAUGGCCGAGAAACAUCCAGUGAUGUUAGUUGGAACAGCUGGUUGCGGGAAGACUGUUCUCGUAGCAGAGAAACUUCUACAGUUACCUGAAAAUUACACAGUAUCCAAUGUACCCUUUAAUUUUUACACUUCUUCGGAGAUGCUGCAGAAGAUUCUGGAGAAGUCUCUGGAGAAGAAGGCUGGUAGAAAUUACGGCCCACCUGGGAAUAAAACUUUGGUGUAUUUCAUCGAUGAUUUGAAUAUGCCAGAAGUUGACGCUUAUGGAACUGUCCAACCGCAUACUUUGAUCCGUCAGCAUUUGGAUUACGGUCACUGGUACGAUAGAACGAAGCUAACUCUGAAAGAUAUUCACAACUGUCAAUACGUUAGCUGUAUGAAUCCUACGGCUGGAUCUUUCACUGUCAAUCCUAGACUGCAGAGGCAUUUUUCCGUGUUUGCGGUCAGUUUUCCUAACAGCGAUUCGUUGACGACUAUUUAUUCGUCUAUCUUGAGGCAGCAUUUGUCCAACAUGGAACACAGGUUUCCCAUUUCUGUCGUCGAAAUGUGUAACAGCAUCGUUCAAGCGUCGAUUCAGCUACAUCAUCGUUGCGCUCAAAUGUUCCUCCCAACAGCAGUGAAAUUCCAUUAUAUCUUCAAUCUUCGUGACUUGUCGAACUGCUUUCAAGGAUUACUAUUCAGUGGGAACGAGUGUCUACAAUCUUCUAUAGACUUAAUCAGAUUAUGGCUCCAUGAGACGCAUCGCGUUUACGGAGAUAAGCUUACAGAUGAAAAGGACAUAGAGAGCUUUUCUAAACUACAAUUGGAUAUUUUGAAGAAGAACGUGGAGGAAAUUGACGAGGGUGCCAUUUUGGAGAAGCCUAAUAUCUAUUGUCAUUUUGCAGGUGGAGUCGGAGAGCCAAAGUACAUGCCGGUAAAGGACUGGGCGACUCUGCAUCGAUUGCUAUCGGAAGCAAUGGUCAGCUACAACGAUCUAGUAGCUGCUAUGAAUCUGGUGCUGUUCGAGGAUGCCAUGAUGCACGUGUGCCGGAUAAACAGGAUCUUGGAGUCGCCUCGAGGCAGCGCUCUCCUCGUCGGUGUGGGAGGUUCUGGCAAACAAAGCUUGUCACGAUUGGCUGCUUUCAUAAGCUCGCUGGAGGUAUUCCAAAUUCAGUUGAAGAAGGGUUAUGGAAUCGUCGAUCUGAAAUUGGAGCUCGCUGUUCUGUAUAACAAGUCGGGUUUGAAGAAUCUGGGCAUCGUGUUCUUGAUGACCGACGCUCAAGUGGCGAACGAACAAUUCCUCGUGCUGAUCAACGACAUGCUUGCUUCUGGCGAGGUUCCAGAUCUCUUUGCCGAGGACGAAGUGGAGAACAUAAUAGCAGGAGUUCGUAACGAGGUGAAGGGCGCUGGUAUGCUAGAUACCCGCGAGAAUUGUUGGAAGUUCUUCAUCGACCGGGUACGCCGCCAGCUUCGGAUAGUUCUCUGCUUCUCCCCUGUCGGAUCCACUUUAAGGAUUCGCUCGAGGAAAUUCCCGGCCAUAAUAAAUUGCACGGCGAUAAACUGGUUCCACGAAUGGCCGCAAGAAGCUUUGAUGUCUGUGUCGAAGAGGUUUCUGCAGGAGUUGGACGAACUUCCGGAAAAUUACAGGGAGGCUGCGGCGAAAUUUAUGGCCCACGCUCACACGACCGUCAACGCAGCCAGCAGACAUUAUUUGGCCAGCGAGCGCCGAUACAACUAUACCACGCCAAAGUCCUUUCUCGAGCAGAUCAGUUUGUACACUAGAUUGUUGAAAACGAAGGCUUGCGAGCUUCGUGGUCGAGUAGCUAGGCUGGAGAACGGUUUGGAAAAGCUUCGUUCGACUGCGGUACAGGUGGAUAAAUUGAAAGAGAAACUGGCGAUGCAAGAGAUAGAAUUGCAGCAGAAGAACGACGCAGCUGAUGCUCUGAUCGCCAUUGUUGGUAUCGAGACGGACAAAGUACAAAAGGAGAAGGCUAUAGCGGACGAGGAGGAGUCGAAGGUUGCUAUAAUAGCUGAAGAGGUAUCGAAGAAACAGAGGGACUGCGAAGUGGACUUGAUGAAGGCAGAACCGGCUCUCUUGGCUGCCCAAGAGGCUCUGAAUACACUGAACAAGGCGAAUCUGACGGAAUUGAAGUCGUUUGGUUCGCCACCAGGUGUUGUAACGAACGUAACUGCCGCUGUGAUGGUUCUCUUGGCUCCAGCUGGGAAAAUACCCAAGGACAGGAGCUGGAAAGCUGCCAAGAUCAUGAUGGCGAAGGUCGACACGUUCUUGGACUCCCUAAUCAACUACGACAAAGAAAAUAUACAUCCGGAAGUAAUCAAGGCGAUUCAACCGUAUCUGAAAGACUCCGAAUUCGAGCCAGAAUUCGUGAGAUCGAAAUCAGCGGCAGCUGCGGGUCUCUGUGCCUGGGUGAUCAACAUUAUUAAGUUUUACGAGGUGUUCUGCGACGUGGAGCCAAAGAGGAAAGCGUUGGCACAGGCGAACGCAGAUUUGGCCGCUGCUCAGGAGAAGUUAAGCGUGAUCAAACGCAAAGUUGUUUCGUUGGAAGAGCAAUUGGCGAAGCUGACGGCGGACUUCGAACAGGCAACGUCCGAGAAGCUCAAGUGUCAACAAGAGGCAGACGCGACCAACGCUACGAUUGCUCUGGCUAACAGGCUGGUCGGUGGUUUGGCCUCGGAAAAUAUACGAUGGGCGGAUUCCGUAGCCAAUUUCAUGCAACAAACUUCCACCCUACCCGGUGACGUUCUUCUGGUGACAUCGUUCAUAUCUUACGUGGGCUGUUUCACAAAACAAUUUCGCCAGGAUCUGCUACACAAGCAAUGGCUACCGUUUUUACGUAACGUAGAACCGACGGUUCCAAUCACGGAGGGUCUGGACCCUCUGUCGUUACUGACGAACGACACACAGAUAGCCAAGUGGAACAACGAAGGACUUCCAAACGAUAGAAUGUCGACGGAAAACGCAACUAUUCUGACGAGUUCCGACCGAUGGCCCUUAAUGAUCGACCCUCAGCUGCAGGGAAUUAAAUGGAUCAAGCAGAAAUACGGGGAGGAACUUCGUGUCAUUAGGCUCGGGCAGAAGGGUUACUUGGAUGUCAUCGAGCAAUGUCUAGCAACCGGGUCGACCGUGCUCGUCGAGAACAUCGGCGAAACGGUCGAUCCGGUGUUGGAUCCACUGUUAGGCAGAAACUUGAUUAAGAAGGGUCGGGCGAUUAAGAUCGGCGACAAGGAGGUCGAAUACAAUCCGCUGUUCAGAUUAUUAUUGCACACGAAGCUGGCUAAUCCCCAUUACAAGCCCGAGAUGCAGGCUCAAACUACUCUAAUUAAUUUCACGGUAACGAGGGACGGUCUCGAGGAUCAAUUACUAGCGGAGGUAGUGAAAGCCGAGCGACCGGAUCUCGAGGAGCUGAAGGCUGAGCUCACCAGACAGCAGAACGAUUUCAAGAUUACGCUCAACAGUUUGGAAGAUUCCCUUUUAUCGAGAUUGUCUUCAGCGGGCAGCAACGUUUUAGAGGACACGUCGUUGGUGGAGAAUCUGGAGACGACGAAGAGGACCGCGGCAGAAAUCGAGUCGAAGGUGACGGAAGCCCGCGGCACAAGCCGUGAGAUCGACGCCGCAAGAGAAUUGUAUCGACCAGCGGCAGCCAGAGCUUCUCUCCUCUACUUCAUCCUGAACGAUCUGAACACCAUCAAUCCAAUCUAUCAAUUUUCCUUGAAAGCUUUCAGCGUGGUGUUUCAAAAAGCCAUCUCGAAGGCCGAUCCCGCCCCAGACGUGUCCGCGAGAGUGAAGAAUCUGAUCGAGUGCAUCACCUAUUCCGUGUUCAUGUACACUAGCAGAGGGUUGUUCGAGUGCGACAAACUGAUCUUCGCGUCGCAGAUGGCCUUUCAGAUACUACUCGCUAGAAACGAGGUGACUGCAGCAGAGUUGGACUUCCUCUUACGGUUCCCCAUCACGCCGCACGUUACAUCCCCCGUUGAUUUCCUUUCCAAUAUCAGCUGGGGUGGAAUUAGGAGUCUCGCUAGUAGAGAAGAAUUUCGCAAUUUAGACAGAGACAUAGAGACUUCGGCAAAGAGAUGGAAAAAGUUGGUGGAAUGCGAGUGUCCGGAACGAGAGAAAUUCCCGCAGGAAUGGAAGAACAAAACGACUAUUCAGCGUCUGUGCAUGCUCAGGGCACUGCGACCCGAUAGAAUGACCUACGCAAUCGCAGCAUUCAUCGAAGAGAAGCUUGGUCCAAGGUAUAUCGAAGGUAGAACCGUCGAGUUCGCAAAAUCUUACGAAGAAACCAGCCCUUCUACGCCUAUCUUCUUUAUCCUUUCUCCUGGGGUGAAUCCUUUGAAGGAUGUAGAGGACCUGGGUCGUCGCUUGGGUUACACGUUGGAUAAUCAAAAUUUUCACAACGUGUCGCUGGGUCAGGGACAGGAAUCCGUUGCAGAAGAAGCUAUGGACGUGGCCGCGAAGAACGGCCAUUGGGUGAUUUUGCAGAAUAUUCAUUUGGUGAAAAAAUGGCUGCCAUUAUUGGAAAAGAAAUUAGAAAUGGCCGCAGAGGGCUCGCACGAGAAUUACAGGGUGUUUAUGAGCGCGGAACCAGCUAGUACACCAGCAGGACACAUCAUUCCUCAAGGGAUCCUCGAGUCGUCCAUUAAGAUUACGAACGAACCACCCACGGGGAUGCAGGCGAAUCUGCACAAAGCUCUGGACAAUUUCACUCAAGAGACGUUGGAGAUGUGCAGCAAGGAGGCAGAGUUCAAGGCCAUUCUAUUUUCUCUCUGUUACUUCCACGCGGUGGUCGCGGAGCGCCGGAAAUUCGGCCCACAGGGCUGGAAUAAAAUCUAUCCCUUCAACGUAGGCGAUCUUCACAUCAGUGUCAGCGUGUUGUACAAUUAUUUGGAAGCUACGUCGAAGGUGCCUUGGGAGGAUUUGAGGUAUCUUUUCGGCGAAAUUAUGUACGGCGGGCAUAUAACCGACGACUGGGACAGAAGGCUGUGUGUCUCCUAUCUCGAGGAAUUAAUGCAACCCGAAUUAGUCGACGGAGAGUUGCACUUAGCGCCAGGAUUCCCAGCGCCACCAAAUACAGAUUUAGUCGGUUACCAUGCCUACAUCGACGAAGCGAUGCCUGCGGAAUCACCCUAUUUGUACGGUUUACACCCAAAUGCAGAAAUAGGUUUCUUAACGAUGACUGCAGAGAAUCUCUUUAAAACCGUCUUUGAGAUGCAACCGAGGGACGCGGGUAGCUCUGGAGGACAAACAGUGACCAGGGAAGAAAAGGUGAAGCAAAUACUGGACGAAAUAAUGGAGAAACUUCCAGAGGAGUUCAAUAUGGCCGAAAUAAUGGGCAAAGUGGAAGAAAGGACUCCGUACGUGAUCGUAGCAUUCCAAGAGUGCGAACGAAUGAAUCAUCUGACCACGGAAAUAAAACGGUCGUUGCGCGAACUGGAUUUAGGCCUGAAGGGAGAACUAACGAUCACUUCAGAUAUGGAGGACUUGGAGAACGCGUUGUUCCUUGACCAAGUGCCACCUGUUUGGGCUCAAAGGGCUUAUCCAUCUUUAUUAGGACUGGCAGCUUGGUUCGUCGACCUGUUACUACGGAUCAGAGAAUUGGAAACGUGGUCCACUGACUUUGUCUUGCCACCAUCGGUCUGGUUGGCCGGAUUUUUCAAUCCUCAGUCGUUGCUCACGGCCAUCAUGCAAUCGACAGCUAGGAGACAGGAACUUCCGCUUGAUAAAAUGUGCUUGCAAUGCGACGUGACGAAGAAGAACAAGGAGGAGUUACUGUUGUCUUUUUUAUAUAUCAGGGCAGCUCCCAGGGACGGUGCAUAUAUUCAUGGGAUAUUUAUGGAGGGAGCACGAUGGGACGUGCAGUCUGGCAUUCUAGUCGAUUCGAAACCGAAGGAACUGUUUCCUGUGAUGCCGGUGAUCAACGUAAGAGCGAUUACACAAGAUAAACAGGACUUGAGGAAUAUGUACGAGUGUCCUGUUUAUAAAACGAGAACUCGAGGACCUACCUACGUGUGGACUUUCAAUUUGAAGACCAAAGAUAAGGCUGCAAAGUGGACGUUGGCAGGUGUAGCGUUGUUGCUUCAAACUUGAAUACUUAUGUUGAUCUAUCCAGUGGGAAUGGAAACGCCUCGCGUAUGAAGUUGUUUAGAAAAACUUGUUUGAAUGAAUAGAAAACGUUUAGUAUUGUUGGGAGCAGAGAGACGCUGAUUGGACGCGUUAAUACCAGGUCAGUGUGUCAGAGCGGGCGUUUCAUGGGGGGCAAAAUGGUGGCCCAUGGUUCGGUACAAAGGAACCAUGCCUGCCUCCUGUGACGUGACAUUACAGAGGGGUGCGAAGUGGAGUAAAGAACGAAGGGAGGUCGGCGUGCAAGGAAGAGGGGAAACACUAGCCGAGGAGGUUCGCAGAGAGACGACGCCUCUACAUCUAUGGGUCAUCUACGAACGUCGUCGAGCAAAUGAACGGACGAAGAAUUUUUGCUGGUGUAUUAGCUGGUGAAGAAAAGGAAAAUGACGUAAAGAGAAACCGAGAUGCGAGA